GCACUUGGGAAGGGGAAUCUGAGCAUAUCCAGACACAAGGGAAGGGAAAUCUGAGCACCUGGGAAGGAGAACAUGGACACAUGGGAAGGAGAAUCUAGACACACGGGAAGGGGAAGACAGGCACUCGGGAAGGGGGAAUCUAGACACACGGGAAAGGGAAUCCGAGCGUAUGGCACGGGAAGGGGAAUCGGAGCACAUGGGAAGGAGAACGUGAGCACAUGGGAGAGGGGAUCUAGGCACUCGGGGAAGGAGAACAUGGCCACCCGGGGAAAAGGAAUCCAGACACUCCAGAAGGGGGACACAAGCACACGGGAAGGGGAGGGAAUCCAAGCACAGGGGCCGGGGGACCCGGUCAGCCAGGAAGGGGAAGGCGAGCACUGUGGAAGAAGAAGUCGGCGGAGAGCACCAGGUGGAGGAAGCUGAGGCAGGCCGUGGCCCAGGGCGGGGCCGGCGGGCUCUGUGAUGGGUUAGGCCCCGCCUCGUACCCCCCCGCACCCCGGUCCUCCCCUUCCAGCUCAGCCCAACCCGGUAGGGCGGGAGACAGGCUUGCCAUCGUCACCGCAUCCUAAAGGGGGGUGCGAAGGCCCCUUCCGCCACGGCCCCCUCUGCCCCCUGCCCGCAGCCCCCCACCCGCCCCGCCCGGCCCCUCCUCAGGGCCGUCUUCUCCGCAACUCCCCGGGGUGAGAGAACCUUCUCCCCCGCAUCCUCCUGCUCGGCAUGACGGUCAAGCUGGACUUCGAGGAGUGUCUCAAGGACUCGCCCCGUUUCCGGGCCUCCAUCGAGUUGGUGGAAGGCGAAGUGUCUGAUCUGGAGAUCCGUUUGGAGAAGCUCCUCAAGCUCGGCUCGGGGUUGGUGGAGAGCGGCCGUCACUACUGCAACGCCGGCAGAGCCUUCGUGGGAGGGGUCCGGGAGCUGGGACGGCUGGGGCCGCCGGAGCCCAUGCUGUCUGAAUGCCUGGAUAAAUUCACCGGCAGCCUCAGCCAGAUGAUUGACAGCCACCUGGAACUCCUGGAAAACACGCAGCAGGCCCUAAAGCAGCAGAUCCACAACCUGGUGAAGGAGGAGGUGCGGCGCUUCCGCGAGGCCCGCAGGGAGUUCGAGCGGGCCAGCGAGGGGCUGGACACGGCCGUCACCCACCACGCCGAGGUGCCCCGGCGCCGCCCGCACGAGGCCGACGAGGCCGCCGUGGCCCUGCGCUCCGCCCGCCACACCUUCCGCCAGCGCGCGCUGGACUACGUGCUCCAGAUCAAUGUGAUCCAGGACAAGAGGAAGUUUGACGUCCUGGAGUUUAUGCUGAACUUGCUGGAGCACCAGGCUACCCACUACCAGCAGGGCCAUGAAGGACUGGGACAGCUGCAGGAAUACCGCAGAGACCUGGCUUCUCAGCUGCACCAGAUGGUUCUGGAAUCCGCCCGGGAGAAGCGGGACCUGGAGCAGAGACAUGUGCUGCUGAAGCAGAAAGACAUGGGAGAGGAAGAGCCGGAGGCCGGGCUCCGAGAGGGUCCUGCCGGCCCCAUCAUGGAAGGACACCUCUUCAAACGGGCCAGCAACGCCUUCAAGACCUGGAGCCGACGCUGGUUCAGCAUCCAGAGAAACCAGUUAGUGUAUCAGAAGAAGUACAAGGACCCCGUGACGGUGGUGGUGGAAGAUCUCCGACUGUGCACCGUGAAACUCUGCCCCGAAUCCGAAAGAAGGUUUUGCUUUGAAGUUGUCUCCCCAAACAAAUCCUGCUUCCUGCAGGCGGAUUCGGAGCGUCUCCUGCAGCUGUGGGUGGUGGCCGUGCAGAACAGCAUUGCCUCAGCUUUCAACCAGCUGCCCCCGGAGUCCCAGGAGCAGGGUGCGUCGGGCCCAUCGACUCCCCUGUCGACUUCGGCCACGCUGGGCUGCGGGCGAGCGAGCAGUCAGAGCGGCUCGGACCAGAAGGUGAUGGACCAGGUGCUGCGGCUGGACGGGAACGCCCAGUGCUGUGACUGCCGGGAGCCCGCCCCUGAGUGGGCCAGCAUCAACCUGGGCAUCACCCUCUGCAUUGAGUGCUCCGGCAUCCACAGGAGUCUGGGGGUGCAUUUCUCCAAAGUGCGGUCACUGACGCUGGAUUCUUGGGAGCCGGAGCUGGUGAAGCUGAUGUGUGAACUGGGUAACGCUGCCAUCAACCGAAUUUACGAGGCUCGGGUGGAAGAUAUGACCGUCAAAAAGCCCGGGCCCACCUGUUCCCGGCAAGAGAAAGAGGCCUGGAUCCGUGCCAAGUAUGUGGAGAAGAAAUUUCUGACCAAGCUGCCAGAGGUUGAGGGCCGCUGGAGGUCGGCGGGCCGGGGCGGGGAGCGGACUUCUGGCCGUCCCCCCCGGGGUCGACCUCCCCCGCCCCCAAAGCCCCUCCUCCCUCCACGCCCGGGGAGCCGGGUGCUCAGGACCGGCUCCGCUCAGGAGGAAUUGAGCUCCCUGCACCCCGGGGCUCUUCUGUUCCAGGCGGCCGGCGCCCCCCCAUCCCUCCCCACCAUGGCCGACGCGCUGGCCCACGGCGCCGACGUCAACUGGGUCAACGCGGCCCAGGCCAACGCGACCCCCCUGAUCCAGGCCACGGAGGCGAAUUCCCUGCUGGCCUGCGAGUUCCUUCUCCAGAACGGAGCGAACGUCAACCAGACGGACAGCGCCGGGCGAGGCCCCCUCCACCACGCCACCAUCCGGGGCUUCACGGGAUUGGCCUGCCUGUUCCUGAAGCGAGGGGCGGGGCUGGGGGUCCAGGACGCGGACGGGAAAGACCCCCUGACCAUCGCCAUGGAGGCGGCCAACGCUGACAUCGUCACCCUCCUGCGCCUGGCCAAGAUGAGAGAAGCUGACGUGGCCCUGGGCCAGGCGGGAGACGAGACGUACCUGGACAUCUUCCGAGACUUCUCCCUCAUGGCCUCCGACGAUCCCGACAAACUGAGCCGCCGCAGCCAAGACCUCAACACCCUCUGAACCCCGACAUCCCCCUCUUCAGUUUGUUUAUUCCCCUGCCUCCCCAACUCCCCCCUUGCCCCCCCGUCGAGCCCCCCCACCCUGAAUAAAAUCUGUU